UGGACUAACCUUACCGUGUGAUGGAGUCAUGAGUGAUCAAAAUCCAUUACACUCUCCUUUUGGCUCAGAUAGAAGCAAACAUUGUUUUCAACAACCCCCAAGUAAGAAUAGAUGUACAUGAAGUAGUAGUAGAUGAGCCAAAAAGGCAAAAACAUGUUCACUUAAUCUCUAUUCUAAAUUUGUACUACCUCGGUUCUUCUUUAAGAGCUUGGCAACAACAAAUAUGAAGCUUCCGGAAAAGUGAAGAACUGACCCCAGUUUUUCUCAUGAAGAAUAAUAAUAAUAACUCUAGUUGCUCCAUGAAACUGGGCUCAUUUCUAAGCCCAGAUAUGCAAAAUCAUAGUGAAAGAAGCAUUGGGAGCCGAAAGGGAUGGAAUUCAGAGAGAGUAGUGUUGAAUCAAACAAGCAAAAUCAGAAGGCAUUCUGGUUUGACAUCAUUCAACAGUGGAAGAAGAACAAUGCCUUCUAAAUAGGAUGAUGCUGAGAGAUGGAUUUGUAGCCCAAUUUCAGGCUAUGGCAGCAGCAGCAGCAACAACAGAAACCCAUAUUCACGAUCACAACUUCAAAGGCGUCCAAAAUCAAAGAGUGGUCCAAUUAUGCCUCCAGGAACAUCAUCAUCAUCCUACUACUCGAACUAUUCACCUACAAUUCCACUGUGCCAAGGCUUGCUUGUGAGGAACUUGAUGGUUGGUUCACCUUUCACAACAGGAGUCUUGGCACCAGAUGCUUUCUCUCUUCAUCAUUUUGAUGCGCAUGACAAUUAUUUUGGUCACGGUUUUGACAUCGGCAAUGUUAUGCAACAAUGUUCUACUGGUGCGGUGCUCAAUGACAAUAAUGGUGUUCUGGCUCCCAUGUGGAAUCAAUUGUUAUGUGACCCAUUUUCGCCUAAUUCUCAAGAUGAGAACCCUAAGAAUGAGGAGACCCCCAUAAUGUCACCUUUCUCAAGACGUGACCAGGGUACCCAGAUGAGCCCUCCAGAGAGUGAGUCCGAUGCGAAUUCAUCGUCGAUAUCAGCCAUGGAUCAGAAAAAUGGACAUCCUGGUAAAUUAGAGGUUAGAGAUGUUGAGGUUGAUAGUGAGGCCACUGUUAUUAGAUGGCCUAAAGGUCAUGCAACAAAGCUCACCUCCUUUCAAGAAAGUAAUAGUGAAAUUCAAACUUCAUGUUCAGAUAUUGCAAAGUCCACCAUGGACAUAACCAAGAUUCAGAAAGAGGAAGCCAAAAUCGUUGCAUGGGAAAGCCAACAGAAGGCAAAGGCUGAAGCAACACUCGAGGUUUCAUUUCAGUUCAUCAAAAUCUGUUGCUUUGAAGUUGAACUUUCUCAUAUGGAGUGUGUCCUUAGUUCAACACAAUAUAUAUAUACACAUAUAUAUUAUGAUAAGAUCAAUGAAACUGGAAAAGAAGAGAUCGUCAUCAAUGGAUAAGAUUAUAAACAAGCUGAGAAGGGCGCAGAUGAAAGCUGAAAAGAUGAGAAGUUCAAUAGCAAUGCCUCAAAACAAGAACAAGGACAACAAGGCAAGCAGAAUUCCAAGCCUCUCAAGGUUUUUUCAUUACCAAAUUAUAUUCGGUUAUGGUCUCCAAGCAGAUGCUUUAGCACUUAUGAUCACUUAUUCACCCCAUAUAUGCAUAUCAAAAAUACUACAUGCACAAAAAAACCACUAAAUUAGUCAUUAUGUGUGUGUAUAAAUACAUUAUUAGGUUAUUUUUAAGGUAUAUUUUGUAUUACAACACACAUUCUUUAUGGGUGACUGAUUUUUUGUA